AUGGCAUCUUCAGAGAAACCGUGGGUUAUUAUUGUUGGCGCUGGCCCUUCAGGACUUCUUCUCGCCCUCAACCUUGGGAAGAAGGGGAUUCCAGUCCAUGUUCUGGAGGGAUCGAGUGAGUUAGACGAUUCGCCACGAGCGGCGUACUACGGUCCUCCCGCAGCGUAUGAGCUACGACGCGCAGGAGUGAUCGAUGAGAUCCGAAAGGAUGGAUUCGACCCGGUUAUCAUGUGCUGGAGAAAGCUCGAUGGUACCUAUCUUGCUGGAUUCAACAACUCGCUUAUGAAAGAUAAUCCGGAUCGGUUGGCGUGUAUGCCACUUGCUCAGCUUGAUCGGCUUCUCUACCGACAUGCCACCGCCGAGCCUUCGGUGAAAGUGUCUUUCAAUCAUAAGGUCCUCGACAUAGGCCAGGACGAAGAGAAAGCGUGGGUUCAAGUCGAAACGCCCGAAGGUGAGAAGCGCCUGGAAGCGACCUAUAUCGUGGGAUGUGAUGGAGCUUCUUCCGUGGUUCGCAGACGCCUGUACCCCGAUAGAGAAAGCUUUCCUGGUUACACCUGGGAUAAGCAAAUUGUGGCCACCAAUGUUGCCUACCCGUUUGAAAAAUUCGGUUAUGAGGAUGUGCAAUUUUUCAUUCACCCAGAGCAUUGGCAUAUGGUAGCUCGGUUGACCAAGAAUCCCGACCCGACCAAAUUGAGCAAUUGGCGAGUGUCGUACGGAGAAAUCACAGGUUUGACAAACGAAGAAUAUAUUGCACGACAACCAAUGAAAUUCGAAGCCAUGCUGCCUGGCCAUCCAAAGCCUGGUGAUUACGAGCUUUCUGCCAUCAGUCCAUAUAAAAUUCAUCAACGCUUGGCCAAAAGUUUGCAUGUUGGGAGGUUUUUGCUCGCCGCAGACGCCGCGCACAUUUGCAACCCUUUUGGUGGUCUAGGAUUGACAGGUGGCAUCGUUGAUGUUGGUGGCCUCUCCGAUUGCCUGAUUGGCAUUUACGAAGGGAAAGCAGACGAUAGCAUUCUGGAUAAGUAUUCGGAUGUCCGCCGAGAGAAAUUUCAAACCGUGACGGACCCUGUGUCAACGGACAAUGUUACUCGACUAUUCAGUCAGGAUCCAGAAAAGGCACUUGAGACGGACGAGUUCUUGAAGAUGCUCAACAGGAUUAAAGACGAUGACAAGGCCCAGAUAGAGUUUAUGCAUGGUCCAUUUGCGCUCUCGUACGACUUUACCCAGCACUACAACACAAAGCAAACGGAGAGAGCUCCUGAGAAAGGGGCAGUGGAUAGUGUAGCACAAUUGGCACCCGUUGGUGCAGAUUGA